UUCUUCCAGAAAACUAGAGAGGCGAAGCCGGAGUGGGAAGUGAGAAAAAUCAGAGAGAGAAUUUUCUCUGAGGAAGGAGGAGAGAAAUCGAAAUGGCGUCCUUCUUGCAGUCGUUCAUAGACCCGAAGAAGAACUGGUUCGCUCGUCAACACAUGAAAGCGCUUUCCCAGCGGCUCCGUAAUUUUGGUCUUCGAUACGACGAUCUGUAUGAUCCGUACUACGAUAUUGAUGUGAAGGAGGCUUUGAAUCGACUUCCGAGGGAGAUCGUUGAUGCGCGCAAUCAGCGUCUGAAGCGGGCCAUGGACCUUUCCAUGAAGCAUCUGUACCUUCCUGAGAAUCUCCAGGCAAUGCAAACACCGUUCAGGAGUUAUCUCCAGGAUAUGCUGGCACUUGUAAAGAAGGAGAGAGCAGAGCGUGAGGCCUUGGGAGCAUUGCCUCUUUACCAGCGCACCAUUCCUUAAGCUAUUCUGCUUUUCAUAGUUAUUUUUGGAUGGAGUAAAUGUCGUUUAAGAGACAGUUUCUUCCAUAUGUUGAUGGAUUGGAACAUCUCUCCAUCAAUUGUUUGUUUCCAACUUCUGUAUUUCAUUAUCAAAUUUACUUUCCAAUCACCAUCUGUUCAAGUCAUUAUUGAUAUAUAAUAAGUGUGAAUCUUGUUAUAUCAUCUCGAUUGGAAUAAGUUAGUAUUGGACAUUGGUUAUUUCUGGCUUGA